AUGCAGCUCUUCGUGCGGUCGCUGACGAGGACGAUCACGCUGGAGGUUGAGCCGUCGGACACAGUGGCGUCCGUGAAGGCCAAGGUGCAGGGCAUAGAGGGCAUCCCGCCGGACGAGCAGCGCCUCAUCUUCGCGGGGAAGCAGCUGAAGGACGGCCCCACGCUGGCAGACUACAACAUCCACAUGGAGGAUAUGCUGAACCUGUGCCUCCGCCUCCUCGGCGGCGGCAAGAAGCGCAAGAAGACGACGUUCACCACCCCCAAGAAGGGCAAGCACGAGCACAAGAACGCCGGGCUCGACGCCGUGCUUGGGCGGUACAGGGUCGAUGAGGCCACGGGGAAGGUGGAGAGGCUGCGCAAGGAAUGCCCCAACACGGAGUGCGGCCCCGGCGUGUUCAUGGCGGCGCACGCCGACCGGCACGCCUGCGGCAGGUGCGGCCUCACCUACGUCGUCGAGAACCAGAGCGUGGCCGAUAGCUAG